CCUCGGCCCGGCGCCGUCUCUGCCUUGGCCCCCUCCGGCUCCUCCUUCUCCCCCGCCUGCUGAGGUGGUGAGUAGGGCAGCCCAGCGGAGGAGGUCUGUUCCCGGAGCAGACCCCAGGGACGUCCAGCUGUGGCAGUGGCCAGAGCUGUCGUCGUUCCCCCCGCUUCCCCUUCCCCCUCCCCCCCCCGGCGGGCGCCUCAGUGUCACGUCUCCCUCUCUCACACCACCACACACACCCCCCUCCCCCCCCUCACGUUUGCGCGUAUCACGAUAGUCGCGCCAGCACCGAGGUCGGGUGGGGUUGCUCGCGUGCGGGAUGCCGGGCGCUGAAGGCCGGCAGCCGAGGGUAAACAGCCAAAGAAGUUAUGAAUAUCAUCAGUGGUCUAAAGUUGCUGGGCAGGAACUGUAUUUUCUUUCAUUUGGCUUUGACCAAGCAGGGGAAGUGCAAGAAUUUCUGUAAGUCUUACGCAGGAUAUUGCCGAGCUCAAGCCGGUUGUACCCGAGACAGAUGCCAAAGGCUGGACUUGAGUGGAAAUACUAGAAACUGUUUUUUGACUGGAAGCCCUGACUACUGUAGAACCUUAAUUGGUAAAGGACAGAGGUAUCUUUCAAAUGUCUCAAAUACAGAAGUACGCAGGAAUGCACGCCACAGAUUGGGAAAGUUUUGCUUUCGAUCUUGUCAGCCACAGGGGGAGAAGACCACAUGCCUCCAAAUCAGUUCUGUAGGGCAACUCCCAUGCCAUUUUUCUGCUUGGAACAUUCACAUCAUCAGGGCUUUUCACACAUCACCAUUACUUCAGGCCGCACCGGUUCCUCUUUUCUGGAUUAUCGUUAAGCCAGCUCAGAAGUUAUUUGCUAUCAUUAUUGGCAGGAGCAUAAGAAAUUGGUGGAAGGCACUUCCUCCUAAUAAACGGGAACUUUUUAAAGAAAGUGCAAGGAAAAAUAAAUGGAAGAUACUCCUGGGUAUUAGUAGCUUAGGAGUCUUAUUUGUUGUGUUUUAUUUUACUCACUUGGAGGAGACACCUAUCACAGGGCGUGCUCGUCUGUUGGUGUUUGGAAAAGAGCAUUUUAGGGAACUGUCACAGAUGGAAUAUGAUAUGUGGAUGGAGGAAUUCAAAGGUAAAAUGUUACCUGAAGCAGAUGCACGCUAUCAGGUUGUGGAGAGAGUUGUUGGUCAUUUAUCUGAAAGCAAUAAGGACAUCCCACAGGUCUCAGAGCUCAAGUGGGUUAUCCAUGUGGUAGACGAACCAGGUGUAAACGCUUUUGUGCUUCCAAAUGGUCAGGUGUUUGUUUUCACUGGAUUGCUAGAUGCAGUUUCUGAUAUUCAUCAGCUGUCUUUCAUUUUGGGACAUGAAAUAGCUCACGCUGUGCUGGAACAUGCAGCGGAGAAAGCCAGCCUAGUUCACUUCUUGGAUUUUCUAUCACUCAUCUUUCUCACUGUGAUUUGGGCCAUCUGUCCUCGUGAUAGUUUGGCAGUUGUUGGCCAGUGGAUUCAGAGCAAAUUGCAGGAGUUUAUGUUUGAUAGACCAUACAGCAGAACAUUGGAGGCUGAAGCUGAUAAAGUGGGACUUCAGUUUGCAGCAAAGGCUUGUGUGGAUGUAAGAGCAAGCAGUGUAUUUUGGCAACAAAUGGAAUUAGCAGAAAGCAUUCAAGGGCAGCCCAAGUUACCAGAGUGGCUCUCCACACACCCUUCUCAUGAAAAUAGAGCUGAGCACUUAGACCGGCUUAUCCCAGAGGCUCUUAAAAUAAGAGAGAGCUGCAAUUGCCCAUCCCUUUCUGGACCAGAUCCUCGCCUCAUUUUCAAACUUAACAUGCAACAUCUCCUGGAAUCGUCUAAAGAUCAAGAAACCCCAAACUCUACAGAGCGAAAUCUCUCAAAACCAAAACUGGAUUUUCCUCACACUCAAAAAGUAGAAGAUAUGCCAGUAACUUUUGCAGUUAAACCUACAAACUAAUGAUAAUAAUUUUCACUUUUUAUGAAACUUGUGGUCCCUGAAGGUCUGUCUUACAACACAAAAUUGUCUUUGAGCCAUAAAGAAGAUGUAGCCACUCAUAUUCGAUGUUUCUUUUAUGUGAUCUCUCACUCAAAGCAAUAAGGAACCAUGCCACACAAGAAGAACAGCGUGUUGGACCAGAAAGUUUCUUAUUCAUCAAGAGUUACUAAAAUAAAUCACUUCUCAGGGGAAAGAUAAUCUCGUACAAUCCAGUCACACAGUGUAAUUUUCAGCUUUAUCAGGCUCACCUUGAUCAGAGGACAGAUGAGCCAGCAGCGUCCCUAAAGCAGAGGAAAAAGUACAAUUUUCAUCACUUAAGCUGUCUGGUUUAUCUUGCUGUAAUUUGGGUUAGAUCUAUCCAGCUUCAUUUGAGAAAUAAUGAGGAGAGCUUACUGCCUGUUCCACAUAUAGUAUGUUUAAAAAUAUUAAGCUGAGAUGCGGUAAUAGCCUAUGGGCUAGAUACACCCGCACUUAAUUAGGUGGAUUUACUGCUGGGAUUUUUCUUCUUUCUAAGGCAUUUUAGAAUAUGGAUUGAUUCAACAUUUUUCUUCAAAGCAACCUGAAAGGGUUGCACAAAGUUCAGUUUAAAAAAAGACUUAAAUAAUUUUCAAGGAAGUCUUUCUUGUGAAAAAACCCACACUGUGUAAGAACCACAGUUUGUAGCACUAGAAUGCUUUGCAAGGAUGGCUGUUGUCUUUUUUUGAAUGAUCAGGGUGCCUCAUCGGAGACAGGUUUUACUGCAGUAACAUUUGAUUUGGAUGUAUCCAGUUGGAUAGAAGUGAUUGCUGAUGUGGCAAUAUAUUAUGUAGUAGACAAAUACAGUAAGGUUUCUUGACUGCAUGGCUUUCGCAGCUGUACCUUAUCCCAAAAGGUGAAUUCUCUUCAGGAAACUGGCAUCUAAUGUUGAGCAUCUCCUCCUCCCCCCAGUCCCCCUGAAGCCACACAUUUUAUACUGUGUAGACCAGUAUGCACAACAUAGGUAAAGCUCUGCCUUUCAUGAUGGACUAGCAGGUAUAGCCAGCAUGUUAAUCUUGAUUUGCAACUGUUUGAGUUAUCUUUGCUUUGCAAUAGAUGAAAACACUGCAAUGUCGAUCUUGCAGGAAGACACAGAAAGAGGCAGUGGUGAAUAAAAAUAAAAAAAGGGAAAAUCCCAUUCCUUUAUCUCUUAA